UCCGCCAUCUUGAAUUUCCAUCCCACUCCCGUGCCACAGUGGGACCUUAGCAGGACGGAGGUAACAGCUGUGACCUGUGAGCGCGAAACACUGCAAUUCGACUUAUGGCUUAACAAAGGAGUAUUACAAAUCAUCCCAAAAACACUAAUGUAACUUCAACUCAACACAGUAAGAUAUUCUAGAGUGGUUUGGAGUUCACAGAAGUUACAAAGUAGAAGAAAUCGAUAAACGUGUGCUGGCACCCGUUCCCGUUGCGUGAUGCGAAUGUAAAAGGGACAGAGAUAGGCGGCGUGCUUCGGUUACAUCGCUGAAACUCAUUUAACCGAUAACCGAUAAAAUAUAAAUAUUGACGGCCCCUCGUCGAUUGACUACAGAAACCAAUAAAAGAUGGGCGGCGGAGGUGAUAUGAAAUGGCAGAAAGAUGCAGCGGAUCAGAAUUUCGAUUACAUGUUCAAGCUGCUCAUCAUUGGCAACAGUUCUGUAGGGAAGACAAGCUUCCUCUUCCGGUACGCGGAUGACUCCUUCACAUCAGCUUUCGUGUCGACUGUAGGAAUUGACUUCAAGGUCAAAACAGUUUUUCGCCACGACAAACGCGUAAAACUACAGAUAUGGGAUACUGCAGGACAAGAACGGUACCGCACCAUAACAACAGCGUAUUAUAGAGGGGCAAUGGGUUUCAUUUUAAUGUACGACAUUACUAAUGAAGAAAGCUUCAAUAGUGUUCAAGAUUGGGUCACACAAAUCAAAACAUAUUCUUGGGACAAUGCACAAGUUAUUCUAGUGGGAAACAAAUGCGAUAUGGAGGAAGAACGUGUAGUUAGCGCCGAGCGAGGAAAACAACUUGCAGAUCAACUUGGUGUUGAGUUCUACGAGACGAGUGCUAAAGAAAAUAUAAAUGUGAAGACGGUGUUUGAGCGGCUGGUCGACAUAAUAUGUGACAAAAUGUCUGAAAGCUUGGAUUCGGAACCAGCUAUGUUAGCAGGAGGCGCUCGUGGACAACGUCUUACAGAACAACCUCAGGGCAACAGCAACCCUAACUGCAACUGUUAAUAUGAAACAUUUUAUAUUGGCAACCAUCAUCUAAACGCCUUGAAUGUACUGGUACUGAAAACAGCCUGUCUCAACGACAGACACCGGAGUCGUUUUACUGAAAAACAAAUUACUUUACGUUUGCAUCAAAAUAUUGUCCAGUAUCUUCGAGAAACUAAUAUUUUUACACAGUAUGAAUCUACAGUAUAAAGUUUUUAAUGGUUCCUCAUGAUUCGCCAAGAUCCAAGUAUUAUUUCGUUUUUAUAACACUAAUUUUUGAUGUCCCUUUGAUGUGUUUUCUUGAUAUUACAAUUAACUAUUAUUGUAUUAUUCUCAUUAAAUUCAUCAUUAUGAUUAGUAGGUAAAAAUUAUCAUAAUAUUGAAAAUAUUGUUAAAUCUGUGUAACAAUAAUAAUGGUCACUUAUUAUUAGUAUUAUUAAUUUAGGUGUUAGUUAGCAUAUAUCAUGAGCUGGAGUAGGGAUCUGAUUCUUCUAUAAAUGUUAAUAUUAAUCCUUAUUUAGAACUUUUAAUAUUACGUUGCUUCUCAUAAUUUCAUGCGAUCGUCUUGAUUUUGUUUUAGAUAAUUUAUUUGAUAUAUUAUGUGGUUCAAGUAUUACAACGAGUGCUAGUAUAAGAAUAAUUAAUUUUAUUUUAGUUGUGCUAAAUAAUAAUUUGCGCAUAUAACAGUAGUUUCUGAAAUUUUUUGUAAGUUUAAGAAGGAAACAACUUGCGUAAUUUGGACCAAAGUAAAAGUUUUCAGCUUAUUUUACAAAUGUAUUAGAACUUUUUCUAAAAGCGCAAAAUAUUUUUAGACAUAAUUUAAUCACUUCUAUUUCUGGUAUUUUGUAUAUUUAUUAAUUAGUUCGUUUAAUAUAAAUUAUUUUACUUUAGUUUUAGAUUUUAUAAAAUGUUAUUCAAACUGACAUACAUAGUUUAAGAGCUUGUAAUUUUGGCAUACCUAGCCGUAAUGUCGUCACAUGAAAAUUAACUGUGCAUUAUCCAUAAAUUGACUAUGGGCUACUAUUUUAUUGAUAAAUUUAAAAGCUCUUGAUCUAUAUUAUAAUGCACUUCGUUGCUUCGCGUUAGAUAUAUCAAAAUUUAGAAAACGUUACAAUGUAAUCUGUUGUCGUUCGAAAUAAUUGUAAUUUUAAAAAUAUCACUGUACACUGUCAAUAUAAUGAAUUUAAUUAUUUAUAAAAUUAAAUAUUUAAACUACAAAAUAUGUAUUUAAGCUUCAAAUGGAUUUUGGCUUGACAUAUGUGAAUCAAUACCAACAAUACCUAUUAAUUUCUAAAUUGCUUAUUAACUGAAGUGUUUGUAAAUAUGUUUCACCAGUGUAUAAAAAAACUGUAUAGUAUUAUAUUAUCUACUUACUAUAAAAGCGGUUUGUAUUCUUGUUACCUACUAUGCUAUGUAAUUUAUACUAACGAUAGGUAUUUAUUUAAUCACUAUCGUUUGAUCAUCAAGCAUAGAUAUACAUUGUCUUUGUAACUGCUAUCUCAUCAGAUCAUUACAAAUCGUGUAUUAUCUAGUGUUCAAUGUGUUUCUAUCACGUUGGACUAUCGUUAGACUUAUUGUGUAGAAGACAUAGACAAUACAAUUUAUAUAUCAAAUUCUGUUGACACCUGAGCACAUUAUUUUUAGAUUAAGUAUGAAAUUAUUAAAUCUUAUUUAAAUUGAACUACGUCUACAAAAAAAUUGUGGACAUUAUGUGGAUAUUGUUAUUAAUAUUAUAAAUGGACAUAAUAUACGUAUUAAUUUAUUUAAGAUACACUAAAUCAUAAUAAAGUAUCCUUUGUCUAUAGGUAUUCUGAAGACAAAUAACGUAAACUAUAAAAAUAUUAUAAUGUGUUUGUGAAAUCAAAAUUAUUAUUCCACCUAUAAAAAACGUGCUCUAAUUUAGGCAUUAAAAUAGUAAAAUAACACGACUGGCUGGAUUACACACGAUGUAUUUCAAAAUGUACUUAUUCUUAUUAUGUCUUAGUAGAUUCUGUCUCGGUAUUUUGUAGCGAGCUCUUGACCUAUAUUUGAAUUAACGAAUGUCAAUUCGAAGUAACGUAUAAAUUAUCUAUACAGCUCUUACGAAGUAUUGUGCUUUGGAUAGUUUACUUGUGGUUAAACCGGAUAUAUAUACGCAGACUUAGAAAAAGGAGAAAGCGACCAAAUAUUAUGGUAUAUCAAUCAGAAGGUAUCAUGUGAAAGUUUAGCGCGUUUAAAAUGGCCGUAAUCUAAUAAAAUGUAAAAAUACUGUUAUAUUUGGUCACUUUUUACUAUUAAGAGCGCGAAAUCGGAGGAAAUUUUUAAUGAUGUAGUGGUAUUAAACUAGUUACGUGUGGGUCUUACGAGUAGAAAGGCAUGAAAUGGCAUAUCGUAGUGAAUGGCUUUAGAUAGUUUUCUUGUGAAUUUCAGAGGAAAAACAGUUUACCUACCUAUUUAAUAUAAUUUAUACCUGAAAUUGUGUUUUCUAAGUUUUACGCCUUUCUUCCGUUUGUUUGAUUUGGUCAAGGCGCAUUUUCUUAAUAAUUUUAAUUUUUUAAUAAGUAUUAAUAAUGUUUUCCCCUAGUGCAUUUGAAAUUUUCGAGGGUUUAACAUGUUAGUGUAAUUUUUAAAAAUUCUAACCUUCAUAGUUUGAAAUUAUGUAUAUUCAAUAAUUUUUUUACUAUUUUUGAUUUGAUAUUUUGUCUCACUGAAAGCAGAAAAAUAUUAAUCGUUUAGAUGUAUUAAUAAAUGUACGUUAUUAUAUUUGUUGUGCGUUAAAUAAAGGAAUUAUUUAAAAUAUAAUGCCGUGUAAGAGA